AAAAAUAAAUAUUUUAUCCAAGUUUCAAAAAACCAUCUCCUUAUGACAGUGUGCUUCCUAGGAUCGUUUUGAAUUAUAUCACUUUUAAUUGGACCUAUAUAUGCAUAAUGGAACCAACCAACAAUUUUUGGGAAAUUGAGAUAUCACCGCCAUCUUGAAGAGCUUGAAAGAAUUUAUACCCUGAUUUUUUUACUUUAACUGGCUUUGAAACUACAAAUGCAAAAAAAAAUCAUGAAAAAACAUCAAAUGCUGUAUGUCGGAUUCAAUAUUAUGAAUAAGGGAACCAAGUGGCUUGGUUCUUUGUUUCAAAAUUCAGAGACUGGUUUUGUAAUAUGCAUAACAGAACCAACCAACUUGAUUCUCUUUGUUGUGUAGUCUUCAUCUUGAUCAGCUGUUUUGCAUACAGGAACCAAGUUUGAAGUUAGAUAAACCUGCUUGCAAUACAAUAAUAAUAGAGUAACAUAAAUGAUUGUUUUAUGUCUGUAUUGUGUCUAAGUGUUACAAAAUGGAUAUAAAGAGAAGAACUUUGUUAAUUAUGGAAAUGGCAAAAGUUCAAACCCCUGAUUCUUCUGAACCAGAUCAUGAGCCUACGUUAUUGGAAACUGAUCAGGAGUCGACAAAUAUACAACAAGAGCAUAGCUAUGUCUGCAAUGAUAGUCCUAUAUCACAUAAACCUACACAGAAUGAAGGAGAAAACUGUGUAGAUCUCAAUGAAAUGUUGGAAAAUAACAUGCCUGAUUUGGAUACAAGCUACCUGGAUAUUUCAAAAAUGGAAAUUGUGUACGACUUUCCAAAUAUUUCAUUUGAUACCAGCAAAUCACAAGAACCUAGUCUAACAGAUUCAAUAUUAGAUGAUGGUGAUAGUGUUCAAUUAUCUGGUGCUAUUGAAAUUACAGAUAAUAUUGGAAGAAUGAUGGUAGAAAAUGGAACUAACCAUGCACCAGAUGAUCUUAACUCUUUUCAUAUUGUUCCUCAUCUGGAAAUGGAAGAGCAUGAGAGUAUGCAAGAUGAUGACCCACUAAUUACUGGAAAUCAAAAUAAUUUAAUUAAUGUUGGUGAACUAAAUACUGAAGAACCGAACAUUGAGGAUCAAGUAGUCGAAGUAAUUGCUGAACCCCAGAUUGAUAACAACAGAGCAGAAGUAGUAGACGAAACGCCUAGCAUAACAGAUGAUAGCUCUUCUAGUGGUUCUGAUUUUGAAGAAAUUGACAGUUCAGGAAGACCAAAGAAAGGUAGGAAGAGAAAGUAUGCACAUCAAUCUAGAGAUAUCAGAAAAAAAAGGAAAAAUAGUAAUAAAAAAUACAUUUCUCAAACAGGAAAAGUUGUGUACCCUAAAAACUUCAGGGAUUUUCAUUGUGCUUGCAAGUGUAAUGAGAAAGUGUCACUUGAAGUAAGAAAAAGCACUUUUAAGAAAUUUUAUGAUUUGGGGGACUAUAAUGCCCAAAACAUGUUUAUUUGUGCAUCAGUACAGGAAGAAAAAACAAAAAGACCAACAGUACAACUAUCUAAAAGACAGUUUACAAGGAAAUAUACAAUUAACAAUACUGUUAUUUGCAGGAAUAUGUACGUACAAACCUUAAGAGUGUCCACAAAAAGAAUUAAUACAGCUCUUAAAAAGCUUAAAAACGAUAAUGUGAAAGAUGAAAGGGGGAAAUGUGGUGGCAGUAACAAGAUUGAAGACAAACGGAUUGAAGAAGUCCGAAACCACAUUAAAAGAAUUCCAGCAUACAAGUCACACUACUGUAGAACGACAACAGAAUCAUGCUGGUUACCCCCUGAUAUGACAUUGCCACGUAUGUACAGUUUGUACAAGGCUGAAGUAGAGCAUCCUGUGUCCCAAUCAAAAUAUAAUCAAAUAUUUUAUGCAGAUUUUAACCUAAAACGGAAACCACUUCAGAAAGACACCUGCAGUACCUGUGACACACUACAUGCCCUGGAAAAUUCAACUACCAGUGAUAUAGAGAGAGAUGAAAUUAAAAUAAAACAUGAGGCUCAUCUGAAAUUAGUCGAAGAAGUAAGAGCUCAGUUCAAGGACGACUUACUAACGGCAAAAACUGUUGAAUCAAAACAAACGCUGUCUUUUGAUCUUCAAAAAACCCUACCAUUACCUCGUCUGCCGACAAAUGUCAUUUACUAUAAACGACAAAUCAUGCUUUAUAAUCUGGGUAUUCAUUCGGGGAAAACUGGUAAAGGUCAUUUUAAUGUUUGGCUGGAGAAUACUGCUGGCCGAGGUACUCAAGAGGUUGGCUCUUGUUUGAAGAGGCAUAUUUUGGAAAAUUGUCCUGGGAUUAAGGAAUUGACCUUGUGGUCCGAUUCAUGUGGGGGGCAGAACAGGAGCAUAAAAAUAGUUCUCCUCCUCAAACAUGUCCUUAGCUUACACCCGACCUUGGAAAACAUUGUCUUAAGGUACAUGAUUCCAGGGCAUUCUUACCUUCCCAAUGACGCAGAGUUUGGGGAUGUCGAGUGCCACUUGAAGACACAACAGAGAAUGUACACAGAUUCAGAUUACAUAAGUGUGAUGGAGAAUUGUAGGAGAAAGAACAAGUUUAUUGUAACAAGAAUGGAAAAAGAGGACUUCUUUAGCACAUCAGAUUUAGAAAAGAAAAUAACAAACAGGAAAGAAGAUGUAGAUGGAAUAAAAGUUGGAUGGCUUAAGUUCAGAGAAAUUGAAAUCUUUAAAGAUAAACCUUUCUCAAUAUUUGUAAGGACAAGUCUAGGUGGACUGCAACAAGAAAUUGAUAUAAAGAAAAAGAAGAAGGUAGGAGCUAAUACGUGCUACUUGCGAUUAGCAGAAAAUUUACCACUCCUAUGGCCCAAUGGAAAAGGGAUUUCAUUGCCUAAGUUAAAAGAUCUCAAGUCAAUCAUGAGUUUAAUCCCAUCAGAUGCGAAGGAAUUUUACAAACAAUUUUCCUCUGACACCAACGUACAAGAUGAUAUUGAUGGUUUCAAUGCGAAUCUGGAUUUUGAACUAGAGGCUGAGGAAAAUAUCAAUUAAGUGAAUAUAGCAUUAUGUUCUAGUUUUUUAAAUUUGUUCUACUAUAAAAAUAAAUACUAGUGAUGACGUAUGAGAGAUGAAAAGAUCCAACUUUCAUCAACGAUGUAACUGAUUGUUAUAACGUUUUCCACACACUAAAAAAUAAUACAAAUAGAUAUUAUGUAAUUUUAUUAGUAAUAGAUUUUUUAAUAAAGUUAUUUUUAAAA